AUGCCAGACCCAAACCAACAAGACCUGCACAACAUCCACCCAUCCGACCUGCACACCUUCACCAAACAAAUCCUCAUCGCCAACGGCACAUCCCCACCCGACGCAGAAAUAGUGACCAAAUGCCUAAUCGCCGCCGACCUCCGCGGCGUCGACACGCACGGCACAAACCGCAUCCCCUCCUACAUGGAGCGCAUCCGGCAGAAAGCCCUAAAUCCCUCCGCAAUCCCCACAAUCAACCAAGUAACCCCCGUAGUCGGCCAAGUCGACGCGCACAACGGGUUCGGGUUCGUGGCCGCGCACGAGGGCAUGAAGCUGGCCAUUUCCAUGGCGCAGAUCUACGGCAUCGGCAUGGUCUCCAUCAAACACUCGAAUCAUUUCGGCAUGUCGGCGUGGCUGGUUCAGCAAGCUCUGGAUGCAGACAUGAUGUCGCUUGUUUUCACGAAUAGUUCGCCUGCACUGCCGGCUUGGGGUGGGAGGGAGAAGUUGAUGGGUGUUUCGCCUAUUGCGUGUGGUGCGCCUGGUGGGGAGGAUGGAAAGCCGUUUAUAUUGGAUAUGGCGCCGUCGGUUGCGGCACGGGGGAAGAUUUAUAAGGCGCUUAGGCGGGGAGAGAAGAUUCCGCAGGAUUGGGCGCUUGAUGGGGAGGGGAAUAGGACGGAUGAUCCGGCUGAGGCUUUGAAGGGGGUUAUGUUGCCGAUGGGGGGCCCGAAGGGGUCUGGGUUGGCGGUUAUGAUGGAUGUUUUUUCGGGGGUGCUUUCGGGGUCGGCUUUUGCGGGCCAUGUUACUAACCCUUAUGAUCCGUCGAGGGAGGCGGAUGUGGGGCAUUUCUUGGUGGCUAUUAAGCCGGAUUUAUUUAUGAGUCUGGAGGAGUUUAAGGGGAGGAUGGACUAUCUUUAUAAGAGGGUUGUUGGGUCGGAGAAAAUGGCGGGCGUGGAGAGGAUUUACUUCCCAGGGGAGAUUGAGAUGAUUAUGGAGGAGAAGCGGUUGGUUGAGGGGAUUCCUUUUGCUAUGGCUGAGAUUGAAGGUUUGAAUAGGGAGGCUGACUUGGUGAAUGUUGAGCAUUUGAUAGUUAAGUGA